CCUUUCUCUCUCACACACAGUAGACAUAUAAAAGCAUAGUGGAUACUCUUUGGGGGUUUCACAGUUGAUAGGAGCCCACUAUUAGUCUAAUAUCCCAGUCAUGGAGGAGGGAUACAGAAUUAACCUGGACUACAUCACGGAGCGCAUCAUCACCGUAUCCUUACCUCACGCAUGCCCAGACCAGACCUACCUCCAGAACCUGCGUGAGAUCACACAGAUGCUCAAAUCCAAACAUGGCCACAACUACAUGGUGAUCAACCUCUCAGAGAAGAAUGAAAGCCUGACCCAGAUGAACCCCAAGGUGUUGGACACGGGCUGGCUAGACCUGCUGGCCCCGUCCAUGGAACAGAUGUGUGGUGUGUGUAAGACCAUGGAAAAUUGGCUCCACUCACACACACAGCAUGUUCUGGUCAUGCACUGCCGGGGUGGUCAAGGCAGAGUCGGGGUGAUGGUGGCCUCCUACAUCCACUUCAGCAGCAUAUCAACCAGUGCAGACCUGGGUCUAGACCACUUUGCCAUGAGAAGGUUCUACAACGACAAAGUAUCCUCCCUGAUGACUCCCUCGCAGAAACGGUAUGUGUGGAUGUUCAGCAGUCUGCUGAAGGGAGUGAUGAAGAUGGAUCCCUCUCCUCUCUUCCUCCUUUGUGUGGUUCUUCACGGCGUGCCCAACAUCAACUCUGAGGGAGGAUGUCGUCUGUUCCUGAGAGUGUACCAGAGCCUGCAGGCCGUUUGCACUUCAGCAGUCUAUCACGUCCGUGCAGUACAGACAGACAGGGUUUACUUUGUACUGCAACCAGCUCAACUGCUGAAGGGAGACAUAAUGGUGGUGUGUUAUGGUGAAAACCACCAGACAGCCAGCCGAGAGGUCAUCUUCAGGCUCCAGUUUCACACUGGCAUUAUCCACAGACACAACCUGCUAUUCCCCAAGGAAGACCUUGACACAGCUUAUAUAGAUCCCAGGUUUCCAGACAAUGGGAAAGUUGAGUUGGUGUUCUCUGAAAGUCCUGAGAAGAUGCCAGGCAGUGGUCACUGGCAAAACGGACCCUCUGUCAUCAUGGACUACAAUACCUGGGACCCCCUGGUUCGACGGGACUCCUAUGAGGACAUCUUUCCAGAAGGACUAGCUCUGCCUCGUAGCCCGGACCCUGUCGAUGGCAGGCUGUACGCCAGGGUAAGGAAGGGAAGUAGUGACGAAAGAGCUCUGUUUCACCCAGCAACCAGCUGCCCUAUCCCCAGUGACCUUAAACUGUCAGCCAGCAGCGACUCAGGCCUCUCUAUCACCUCCCAGUGGACCGGAGGUAUUACUGCAGGGAGCCCCAGGAGAGGGCCCAGUCAGGACGAACUUACCCAGCUCAGGCGGCUUCUAUCUGGGGUCGGCCUGGAGCCGGCUCAGCCUCAUCUGAAGGACAUGACUGAUCUCCCAGCCUCCUGUAACACAGUGGGGGAGAUGGAAGGGGACAAGGCUGGGUUUGGGCAGCCUGUGAACAUGAAGGCCUCUCCUAGCGAGAGGGAGACAGACAUCCUUUAUGAUGACGAGGUUAGCCCCGAGGCUAGCAUUGGCUCGUUCUCCUCUGAGAGCCUACCUGAAGCCCAGGGAUUGGUCCAGAGUGGAAAUGGAUACUCCACCCACUCCACCCACACCACCCAAUCAUGGGUGCAGCAGCAGCAGAUAGUCGUCAGGGGGCGGGACAGCCCUGUGGAUACACCUUCUCUGAUUGGUCCAAACACCUUGUCACUUCCAGACACGCCCAAUAGGGGGAGCAGCAGCAGAGAGGCGGUGCAGAGAGGAGUGGAGGGAGGGGUGGGGUCGCCUGUAAAGACGGACAGUCACACACAUGUCUCACACACCAUACACACCAUACACACCACACACACCACCCACACACCGUUGCCCUCAGGGGAACCUUGUGGGCAGGAGGAGCUUGCCUCGUUAGCCACAGACAUUGAUGAGUCCAUCGAGCAGCUCAACCAGCUGAUCCUAGAUCUGGACCCCACCUUCAUACCUGUUCCCACCCGACACACCCCCCUCCCCCUUGCACUCUCCACCUCCCUCUACACCAAUGGUAACAGCCAUACGACGACACACGCCAACGCCAGCCAAUCAGGCUGGAAGCACAGACAGGCCAGUGAUGUCACAGAUUACCCGGGAUUCUACAAUCCUGGUUGGGGCGGAGCCCAGACAUUCCAGAACUCUCUGAUCAACAGGCCCAACCUACCUCCCUCCCAGUGUGGUCGUCUCUCCAGGAUGGACAGUGUGGACUAUGAAGGACCGACUCCAGUGACGGACAGCUGUGACAUAGUCCCGUCCACACCAGCAUUUCCUAUCUCUCCUCCAACGCCCUAUGUGAAAAGUUUCCCAGCGUUCUCUUACCUGGGGCCAGGAGAAGGACAUUGGGAGAUGAGUGGAACAUCACAAGAUUCCCAGAGUUUCCUGGACAGUAGUAUGAACCAGACUCCAGUGUCGUCGGAAGGACAGCUGUUCUGCUCGGAAGUGUCUGUCACUACCGCCUCCUGUCAGAGAAUGUUCGGAUCCAUGCGGUCUGUAUUGUCAGGCAGCCCCUUCCCACACACAGACAGCCAAACUCCACCUCCAGUGUGGCUGGACAGGACUCCUAUGUCCCUGUCCUCCCCGUCCCCCUCCCCCUCUCUGUCUCCUCUCAGCCUCCCCAAUGCCCACAGCUCUCCCCAGGGGGUCCCGAGGGGCCUGGAGGGAUCUGGGGACCUGAGCUGGGGUGAGAGGAACAAGGGGUACCAGAGCCAGGGGGACUUAGCCUCUCUGCUGCUGGGGAAUGGAGGUCUGGGACUGGAGCACAGCCUGUUGGAAGCAGUGGAGGGGCUGGGGGGCCUGGAUCUAGGCCUGGGUCUAGGCCUGGACCUGGGGCUUGGAGAGGGCGGACUGGGGGGACUGCCACCCCUGCUGCCUGAGAAGAGGGUACCGGGGAUGGGGCUGGGUGGGUUGACAUCCCCCUCGUUCAGUGGGUUCUCCAGCCCCCACAGUGGUAGUAGUCUCAGCAUCCCCUUCCCUUCAGCCAUGACCCCUGACCCUCUCAUGACCUCUGACCCUCUCAAAGGACUCAGCGCUGGUGGUGGUGGAGCCCCUUCACCUGGAUCAGACCUGUUUGCCAGUAAGCAGGAGAGUGUGAAGUUUGUUCAGGACACAUCCAAGUUCUGGUACAAGCCUGACAUCUCCAGAGAUCAAGCCAUCACUGUGCUGAAGGACAGAGAACCUGGAUCUUUUGUCGUCAGGGACAGUCACUCGUUCCGCGGAGCCUACGGAUUGGCUAUGAAGGUGGCUACACCCCCUCCCUCUGUCCUGACACAGAGCAAGAAAGUGGGAGGGGACCUGUCCAAUGAGCUGGUGAGGCACUUCCUGAUUGAGUGCACGCAGAAAGGGGUACGACUUAAGGGCUGUCCCAACGAACCCUACUUUGGAAGUCUGACUGCGUUGGUCUGUCAACAUUCCAUCACCCCCAUGGCCCUGCCCUGCAAACUCAUCAUCCCCGACAGAGACCCUCUGGAAGAUACUAGUGAGCCAUCAACACAGUCAGCCACCAACUCUGCUGCUGAGCUACUCAAACAGGGAGCAGCCUGUAAUGUGUGGUUCCUGGGCUCAGUAGAACUGGAGUCUCUAACAGGGUACCAGGCUGUGCAGAAGGCAGCCAGUCUGACUCUGGCCAUGGACCCUCCUCCUACCUCCACUGUGGUCCACUUCAAAGUCUCAGCCCAGGGCAUCACCCUCACUGACAACCAGAGGAAGCUGUUCUUCAGGAGACACUACACUGUCAAUACAGUCAUAUUCUGUGCUCUUGACCCACAGGAACGCAAGUGGACUAGAGAUGGCUGCUCCUCUGCUAAGAUCUUUGGUUUUGUGGCGAGGAAGUCGAUGAAUGGGACAGAGAACGUGUGUCACGUGUUUGCUGAACACGACCCCGAACAACCUGCCAGUGCCAUCGUUAACUUUGUCUCCAAGGUGAUGAUUGGCUCACCGAAGAAAUAAGACGUGUACACACUCUCACACACACACACACACACACAAACACACAUUGUUUGUCCUGCUGGUACAUAUGGCACUAAAAUGCUGAUGUAGAAGAGAAGAGACUAAUCUGUUGCAUUAUGGGAUACUAUCCGCAGAAGGCAGCACAGUAACAACAACUUUACCCUACACACCAGGGGCCUCAUUUAUAAACGUUGCAUAUGAACAACAUUUGCCCCAAAAUCUGCAUGUGCCAGUUUUCAACAAAAGUUGAGAAUGUGAGAAUGUGCUCACCUUCCCGCAAAUGGUAGACCAUGCAUAUGCACAUCUGCUAGUGGUUGAAAUAUUGUAUUACAAGCUGGCAAGUAAGUAUUUCGUGCAAAUGGGGGAUAUGAUGAAAAGAUUAUUAAUAAAAAACUAAAAAUCUGGAAAACAUGUGAACAAGAAUGCAGCCAUUUGCCGUUAGUGAGAAGUGCGAAAAUCUAUGUUUUGUUUUUAUAAUCUAAAAUAAUUUGACAUUUAUUUUAUUUUCAUAACCAUUGCAGAAUACAUUCUGCACCUUUUCUGGCCGUGAUUGCUUCAUAUUCCCGAAGGAGCCAUACAACAAAUGAUCAUGCGCAUCUCAUUUAAUUGGACCUAGUAGGGUAGUAAAUAGCUAUAUGUAUUUGAAGUUUUGCGAUAUCAUGGGCAGCACGGUUUAUAAUACCGCUAUACAGUCGCAUUUAACAAGUGAACAGAUGCUCUUUUACAUUGAACUGGGCCUUAGUGAGCUAACGUAAGGACUGUAAUUGCAUAUAAUUAUUUUGUUGCCUGCAAUAGACAAUGUUUCAGAAUUCGCGGACAGUCAAUCAUAGGUUGGAGGAAAAGUCGAUGCAAAACAUUGUUUAAUUAUUAACGUUCUGCUGACAGGUCCACAGCAAUUAGCCAUUAUUUUGUCUUCCAGAAACUGACACAGUCCUUUUCCAGAUACAGCAUCAAUUACUGCUAAAGAUUAAAACAUCCUGCCAACACAGUAAAUAGACCGGUAGUUUAUGUAAAAUAUUUGACAGUAUGGGUAGGCUUAGGCUACAGUAUUGCUGUGCGAUAAGACCACAACAUCAUUGCCUAUUUAAUCUCAGAGCCUAUACCAAGGUAGGACAUAGAAUCACAAUAAUAUAUUGAACAACAAUUAUUGUUUUGCAUGCUGUGGCCUAAUGCCAAUCGUUCCAAAUUAUACGUCAAAUAAAGGGCGUUAUGAUCACCAUAACAGGUAAAUGGAGGGUGUUUUCCAGGCAGUUUUAAUGGUCGUUCACGCACGGUUUUACAACAGGUCUGAUUUAUAAUGGGAAACGUGCAUAUGUAUGGCAUGCGCCAAAUUUAUUAAUCUAAAUAUUUUUGUACAUGUGCUGACUUUUCAGGGAAUGUGGCAUGCAGAAAUGUAUUGUGAAAUGUGUGAAAUGUAUGCAAUGGUUAUAAAUGAGGCCCCAGGGGAGUAGGGUGAUGUUGCCCCUAGAUGCUGAUCUGUUCCUAGGAUAAACUUUACCCUGAAGCGCAUCGAGGACUUAAACUUCUCAUGAAAAACAGACUUUAUUAAUAUAACUUUUGCUUAUCAGAGGAGGCUGAUGGGCAGAGAUCAUUGUAAUGGCUGGAGUGGACAGAAUGGUAUCAAACACAUCAAA